GUUGCCACGGCAGCGAGAGGCGCCGCACGGCUUCGCCCAUCGCCCGCUUCCGGCGCGGUGCGGCGGCCAUGGAGGCCGCGCCGGUGCCCGACGGGCAGUACACGGCCGCGGUGUACGGGCUGAUCCGUGCCGGGCGCUGCGGGGAGGCGGCGGCGCUGCUGAGCCGCGAGCUGCAGAGGAGCAGCCGCUCGCGGGGCGGCCUCUCGCUGCUGGGCUACUGCUACUACCAACUGCAGGACUUCGCUGCGGCGGCCGAGUGCUACGAGCAGCUGGCGGCCCUGCACCCCGAGCUCGACGCGUACCGCCUGUAUCUGGCGCAGGCCCUCUACAAGGCCGGGCUGUACGCCGAGGCGCUGAGGGCCGCCAGCCCGCUGCUGGACCGGCCCGCCUACCAGGGCCGGGCCCUGCGCCUCCAGGCCGCCGUCCACUACGCGCAGGGCGACCUGGCGGCGGCCAAGAGCCUGGUGGAGGAGGCGCUGGCCGCGGACGGCGGCCCCGGGGCGGCCGAGGACCCCUCGGAGCGGGCCGACGCCGAGAUCAACCUGGGCUGCCUGCUGUACCGGCAGGGACGGCACGAGGAGGCCAGCGGGAAGUUCGCGGGCGCCAUGCAGGUGCUGGGCUACUGUCCGGAGCUGUCCUACAACAUGGCGCUCUGCUGCUACGCCGCCAAGCAGUACGCCCCUGCCCUCAAGCACAUCUCCGAUAUAAUCGAGCGCGGCAUCCACCAGCACCCCGAGCUCAGCGUGGGCAUGACCACCGAGGGCAUCGACGUGCGCAGCGUGGGCAACACCCUGCUCCUGCACCGCACGGCCCUGGUGGAGGCCUUCAACCUGAAAGCUGCCAUCGAGUACCAGCUGCACAACCUGAAGGCGGCUCAGGAGGCGCUCACCGAUAUGCCGCCGAGGGCGGAGGAGGAGCUGGACCCGGUCACGCUCCACAACCAAGCACUAAUAAACAUGGACACCCAGCCCACAGAGGGCUUUGAGAAACUGCAGUUUCUUUUGCUGCAGAACCCCUGCCCACCAGAAACCUUUGGAAACUUGCUGCUCCUCUACUGCAAGCAUCAGUACUACGACUUGGCAGCUGACGUACUGGCAGAGAACGCCCAUCUAACCUACAAACUACUCACACCUUACUUAUACAACUUCUUGGAUGCCGUUAUCACUUGUCAGACUGCCCCUGAGGAGGCUUUCCACAAGCUGGAUGACGCAGCAGGGAUGCUGACCGAGCAGCUGAGGAAACUCACAAAGCAAAUACAGGAAGCUAGGCAAAAUUGGGAUGAUGAAGCUGUAAAGAAGACUGUUAAUGAGUAUGAUGAGACUUUGGAUAAAUAUAUACCCGUCUUGAUGGUUCAGGCUAAAAUUUAUUGGGACAUGAAGAACUACACCAUGGUAGAAAAGAUCUUCCGCAAAUCAGUGGAGUUCUGUAAUGAACACGAGGUAUGGAAGCUCAACGUGGCUCACGUACUUUUCAUGCAAGAAAACAAGUACAAAGAGGCUAUUAGCUUCUAUGAGCCAAUAGUUAAGAAGCACUAUGAUAACAUUCUUAAUGUUAGUGCCAUUGUGUUAGCUAAUCUCUGUGUUUCCUACAUCCUGACAAGCCAGAAUGAAGACGCAGAGGAACUGAUGAGGAAGAUUGAGAAGGGGGAAGAGCAACUGUCCUAUGAUAAUCCUGAUAAAAAUAUCUACCAUCUUUGUAUUGUCAAUCUAGUCAUUGGUACUCUUUACUGCGUGAAAGGAAACUACGACUUCGGCAUUUCGAGGGUCAUUAAAAGCCUGGAGCCAUAUAACAAAAAACUAAGCACUGAUACGUGGUAUUAUGCCAAAAGAUGUUUCCUGUCCUUGCUAGAGAACAUGGCCAAGCACAUGAUCAUGCUACGUGACAGUGUCAUUCAAGAGUGUGUCCAAUUUCUGAAGCAAUGUGAACUGUAUGGAAGAAACAUUCCAGCUGUCAUUGAGCAGCCCCUCGAGGAGAACAGGAUGCACAGUGGGAAAAAUACUGUUACAUAUGAAGCCAGGCAUUUGAGGGCAUUGAUGUAUAAAAUUGUGGGAUGGACUGCAUGAACAAUGUUCCUGUACAGUAAAAAACAAACAAACAAA